UUCAUUGAUUGACAAAAUGGACCAGCAAGAGCAAAAGCAGCGGUUCCAAUAGCGCUGCCAAUAAACAAAGUGACGAAAAAGGCUCCAAGCACGGUCCCGCCGAUUGUUGUCUAAAGACCACCUCUUUCAUGUGGGGAUUGCACAGCGAGAUGGGUUGCAGCGCCAUCUGUCAACAAUUGCUCCUCCCCUCCCCAUGGGCGCAGGCGUCACGCCUUGGCCCUUCACCUGUCCCUACCUAGCCCACACAUACAAAUUCGGAAGCCAGGACACUAAUUAUCAGGGCAGGCAAUCCCCACAGAAGCAUGUGCAUCCAGCUUGCAUGCACCUCCUUGUGGCAAGAAGGGCAAAACACAGAGCGCCUGGCACUGGGUGAAUGCACUGGAGCCCGGCCCGGUUUUAGAAACCAAACAAAAACAAACCCACUUACCCUUUCUACGCGCUCGACUUUUGCGCGUGUCGGCGUGAUGUCUGUGUUCAGCACCCGCGAGUUGCGGUGCUUGAAGAGCCGGCUGAACCGGCCGGCGGCCUACAUGCACGAAGCACAAAAUGGGUCAUUGGUCUCACCUGCCAUUGUCGUACAACGCAGACCACCCAGCCCAUGGUCUGUAUUGCGAGGUCGUGCCCGUUCAUUGAAUGCGAAUCAAAAUCGAUGGCUGGGGGCGUUCUGUGUUCUGUUUUCAGUUACAUACCGUCGCGUUCUGGGCGUUUGGUGGCCGGGCUCGUGGGAUUGGUGUUGUGGUUCCACGCAUGCUGAAAGGCAGUACUCCAAGAAUAGCAUCUGCUGUCGGCAUCACAAGUCGACGUGGGCGUGUGCGCGGGCGUGUGGCGUGGAGGACGCUGAAAGCAAGAAAUUAGUUCAAAUAAAAGUGCCGGCGGUGCGAAAGAAGCAAGAAGCCGGAACGGAAAACGAAUGAUGCAGAGGGGGAUUAAAUAGACCGCUGGGAAAGAUCUCAGGCGAUGCAAUGCGUAUGUGGGCGAGUGUGAUAUGCAAGAGUCCUGCUCUACAGCAACAAAAAAUGGCAACGAGGAUAAAAAUGAAAGGGAGGCGAAUUUCAGAAAACGGAAAAUAAAGAGAAGACAAAAAGACCACCAAGAGCGAAGACACUAGCGAUC